UACCGUUGCAGUUGCUGUUCAAAAAAAAAAAAAAAAAAAACGGCGGAAGAGGAAAGUCUAUCUCUCUUUGUCCGAGUCGGAGUCCGAUCAGAAGAAGAAGUUUGCAGGAAAACAUAGGAAACGACGACGAUGGCGGAUUCUUCAGGGACGACGCUCAUGGAUCUCAUUACGGCAGACCCUUCAACGGCGCCUCCCGCCGCCUCAUCAUCAUCUUCUUCCUCCUCUUCGACCGCAUCGGCGUCGGCUUCGUCCGCAACCCAGCCUCCGGCGUAUACAUCGGGUUUGCCGCCCGUUAUGCCGUCGGCGCUGGGGAAGCCGGCGGCGGAGAAGAAGUCGAAGAGAGCAGCUUUGAUGCAGAUCCAGAACGAUACCAUUUCUGCUGCAAAAGCCGCGUUGCAUCCAGUGAGGACCAAUAUAUUGCCCCAAAAGCACAAGAAGAAGAAGCCUGUUUCGUAUUCGCAGCUUGCAAGAAGCAUCCAUGAAUUAGCUGCUACAUCGGAUCAGAAACGUUCGAUGAGGCAGUUGCUGAAUCAUGUUUUUCCUAAACUUGCUGUUUACAAUUCAGUUGACCCUUCCUUGGCACCGUCUCUUCUCAUGCUCAAUCAGCAGUGUGAAGAUAGGGGUGUUCUACGAUAUGUCUAUUAUUACCUUGCCAGAAUUUUAUCUGACACUAGUGCCCAAGGUGUAAGCACUGGUGGUGGGAUCCCAACUCCAAACUGGGAUGCUUUGGCUGACAUUGACGCUGUAGGAGGGGUGACUAGAGCAGAUGUUGUGCCAAGAAUAGUAAAUCAACUGACAACAGAAGCUUUAAACGUUGAUAUCGAAUUUCAUGCACGAAGACUGCAAGCAUUGAAGGCUCUAACAUAUUCUCCCUCAAGCAGCUCUGAAAUGUUGUCCAGAUUGUAUGAAAUUGUAUUUGAGAUUCUUGAUAAGGUUGCUGAUGCCCCACAAAAACGCAAGAAAGGGGUGUUUGGGACUAAAGGUGGUGAUAAGGAGUUCAUCAUCCGGAGUAAUUUGCAAUAUGCUGCCCUAAGUGCACUAAGAAGACUUCCUCUCGAUCCAGGAAACCCUGCAUUUCUGCACCGUGCAUCACAAGGGGUUUCAUUUGCUGAUCCUGUUGCUGUGAGGCAUGCUUUGGAAAUUCUUUCUGAGUUAGCUACAAAAGAUCCUCAUGGAGCUGCAAUUGCCUUAGGGAAACUUGCACAACCUGGAGGCUCUCUGCAGGAUGUUCUGCAUCUGCAUGAUGUUCUUGCAAGAGUUGCUCUAGCCAGGUUAUGCCAUACAAUAGCUGGGUCUCGAGCGCUAGACGAGAGGCCUGAUAUUAAGUCUCAGUUCAACUCUCUUCUCUAUCAACUUCUCCUGGAUCCAAGUGACAGAGUAUGUUUUGAGGCAAUCUUAUGUGUACUGGGGAAACAUGAUCAUGCAGAGAGGACUGAAGAGCGAGCCACUGGGUGGUACCGUUUAACAAGGGAGAUUCUAAAGUUGCCAGAAGCACCUUCUGUAAAGGACAACUCAAAAGAUAAAUCUCAAAAGAUAAGGCGUCCGCAACCUCUUAUUAAGCUUGUGAUGAGAAGGCUAGAGAGUUCAUUCCGUAGUUUUUCUAGGCCAGUACUUCAUGCAGCAGCAAGAGUGGUGCAGGAGAUGGGGAAAAGUAGGGCUGCCGCAUUUGCUUUAGGCAUGGUGGACAUCGAUGAAGGGGCACAUGAUAAUGUAGAUUCACAUGAUUCAGAUUUGGAAAACCCAUAUGCAGAAAGUUCUCGUAAGACCUCUUCCGUAUCUAACGGAACUGGUGGCAAGGAUACAAUUACAAGUUUGUUAGCUUCGUUGAUGGAAGUAGUGCGGAUGACUGUAGCAUGUGAAUGUGUUUAUGUUCGAGCAAUGGUAAUUAAAGCAUUGGUAUGGAUGCAAAGUCCCCAGGAUUCAUUGGAUGAACUGAAGUCCAUCAUUGCAUCAGAGCUUUCUGAUCCAACCUGGACCGCUACUCUACUAAAUGAUAUCUUGCUCACUUUGCAUGCACGUUUUAAGGCAACUCCAGGUAUGGCUGUCACUCUUCUUGAAAUUGCAAGAAUCUUUGCAACUAAAGUUCCAGGGAAGAUUGAUGCUGAUGUGUUACAACUACUAUGGAAAACAUGCCUUGUUGGAGCUGGUCCAGAAGGGAAACACACUGCUCUUGAGGCAGUUACCAUAGUUCUUGAUCUACCACCACCACAACCUGGGUCCAUGAUGGGGCUUACAUCUGUAGAUAGGGUCUCCGCCUCUGAUCCAAAGUCGGCUCUGGCAUUACAAAGAUUAGUCCAAGCAGCUGUGUGGUUUCUUGGAGAAAAUGCAAACUAUGCUGCUUCUGAAUAUGCCUGGGAAUCUGCAACCCCUCCUGGCACUGCACUGAUGAUGCUGGAUGCUGAUAAAAUGGUUGCUGCGGCCAGUUCACGUAAUCCCACUCUAGCUGGUGCAUUGACUCGAUUACAGAGGUGUGCAUUCAGCGGCAGCUGGGAGGUUCGAAUUAUUGCUGCUCAAGCUCUUACAACCUUGGCAAUUAGGUCUGGUGAGCCUUAUAGGCUACAGAUCUAUGAAUUCUUGCACACUUUAUCUCAGGGUGGUGUGCAAUCUCAGUUAUCUGAGAUGCAUCUUAGUAAUGGUGAAGAUCAAGGGGCUAGUGGCACAGGCCUUGGAGUUUUAAUUAGUCCCAUGAUAAAGAUUCUUGAUGAAAUGUAUGCAGCACAAGAUGACUUGAUAAAGGACAUACGCAACCAUGAUAAUGCAAAAAAAGAAUGGACCGAUGAAGAGCUUAAGAAACUAUAUGAAACUCAUGAAAGAUUGCUUGAUCUUGUUUCUCUCUUUUGUUAUGUGCCAAGGGCAAAAUAUCUACCUUUGGGGCCAAUAAGUGGAAAACUUAUUGACAUCUAUCGCACACGACACAAUAUCAGUGCAUCAACUGGGUUGAAUGAUCCAGCUGUUGCUACUGGCAUAGCCGACCUUAUUUAUGAGUCUAAACCAGCGCGUGCUGAGCCUGAUGUGCUUGAUGAUGAUCUUGUAAAUGCUUGGGCAGCAAACCUUGGUGAUGAUGGGUUGUUAGGAAAUGAUGCGCCAGCAAUGACCAGGGUAAAUGAGUUUCUUGCUGGUGCUGGAACCGAUGCCCCUGAUGUUGACGAGGAGAACAUCAUCUCUAGACCUUCAGUUACUUAUGACGAUAUGUGGGCAAAAACACUUUUGGAAUCUUCAGAACUAGAUGAAGAUGAUGCUAGGUCAUCUGGAUCAUCGUCUCCAGAAUCAGCAGGAUCAGUUGAAACUUCUAUAUCAUCCCACUUUGGUGGAAUGAACUACCCUUCAUUGUUCAGUUCACGGCCGGAGAAGUCAGGAGGAAGCAGAUAUGGCAAUCCAUCAAGUGGCGGUCCCUCAUUAUAUGAGGGUUUAGGCUCCCCGAUUAGAGAAGAGCCCCCACCGUACUCACCACCUGCAAUGAAAAGGUUUGAGUCAUUUGAGAAUCCUCUAGCUGCGAGCGGGUCACGGAGUUUUGGAUCUCAAGAUGAGGAAAAGGCAUCUUCUGGGAAUCCUCAACGUGGAACAGCACUGUAUGACUUCACUGCUGGUGGAGAUGAUGAGUUAAAUUUAACAGCUGGAGAAGAGGUUGAGAUUGAGUAUGAAGUGGACGGCUGGUUCUAUGUAAAGAAGAAACGUCCUGGAAGAGAUGGCAAAAUGGCUGGGCUGGUCCCAGUCCUCUAUGUGAAUCAGGAGUAGAAUGGUGUAAAGAGAGUUUGAUUCCCUUUUGUUUAUGCGGUUGUCUGGUCUCACAAAGUGUUGUAGAGCUUUCUGUUCAGUUAUAUCGUAGGAUGCCAGCAAUGCACAGUCCAGUUAUAACCUUGGAUGCCGUCAAUUUAUUAACCGUACCUCGAGUUGAAGUUCUUAAUCGCUUGUUGGCUGGACUCCCUCCUUUACCUUCUCAUAUUCAUAUUCAUCCACAUUUUGGAGCAGUGGAAGUUAGAUGAAGACUGGACUAGUGUUUUUGUCUAUUUGUUUAUAAUUCGUGUUUGUAGCAUAAUAUGCCCCCAAUAUUAAUCUUUUAUCUUCUUUGACCUUUGGUUUCGAUGUUGUAACUGAAAAUGUACCUCCGUUUUGUUGGGUGAGUAUUUCUGCCAUUUUUGGCUCUUGAUUAACUGGCUGUUAUACAAAUGAUAAAAGGUACAUAUAUAUAUAUAUAUAUAUAUAAUGAUUUAAUUGCUUCCUGUAAGAUGGAGGCUUUCCCUUUUUUA